UAUCCGGGAUAUACACACAAUAGGAUCCAAGAUGGCCGAGUUUGGAGCUUCAAACCACGGGGACUCGGCGUUGAAUUACCAAGAAAAAGAGUUAAACGAGAGAUUAAAGCGACUCUAUCCAGCUGUGAACGAGGAAGAGACCCCACUGCCUCGAUCGUGGAGCCCGAAAGACAAGUACAACUAUAUCGGACUGUCUCAAAACAAUCUCCGUGUUCAUUAUAAAGGUCACGGAAAAAAUCACAAAGAUGCUGCAUCGGUUCGUGCAACGCACCCGAUCCCCGCUGCUUGUGGAAUAUAUUACUUCGAGGUGAAGAUCGUUAGUAAAGGCAGAGAUGGAUAUAUGGGAAUCGGAUUGUCAGCCCAGGGUGUGAAUAUGAACCGGCUGCCCGGGUGGGACAAGCAUUCAUAUGGCUACCAUGGAGACGAUGGACAUUCCUUCUGCUCUUCAGGUACAGGACAACCAUACGGUCCCACUUUCACCACUGGAGAUGUAAUUGGGUGCUGUGUUAACCUCAUAAAUAACACCUGCUUCUACACAAAGAAUGGUCACAGCCUAGGAAUAGCAUUCACAGACCUGCCUCCUAACUUGUACCCAACUGUGGGACUUCAAACACCGGGCGAGAUAGUAGAUGCCAACUUUGGGCAGCAGCCAUUUGUGUUUGACAUAGAAGAUUACAUGCGUGAGUGGAGGGCAAAGAUUCAUGGCACAAUUGAGCGAUUUCCCAUAGGAGACAGAUUAGGGGAGUGGCAGACGAUGAUGCAAAACAUGGUGUCGUCCUACCUGGUGCAUCAUGGGUACUGUGCAACAGCAACUGCCUUUGCCAGAGCAACAGGGCAGACCAUUCAAGAGGAGCAGAGUUCAAUCAAAAACAGACAGCGAAUACAGAAGCUAGUUUUAGCAGGGAGAGUGGGUGAAGCUAUAGAAGCAACACAACAACUAUAUCCAGGGCUGCUCGAGCGUAAUCCAAACUUGCUCUUCAUGUUAAAGUGUCGGCAAUUUGUUGAGAUGGUGAAUGGUACAGACAGUGAAGUGCGCUGUUUCAGUGCCCGUAGUCCCAAGUCCCAAGAUAGCUACCCUGGAUCACCCAACAUGAGCCCCAGGCAUGGAGCCAAUAAUGCUCACCUCAACAAUGCAGGAGCAGAUAGUCCAAACUGCAGCAAUGGGGUUGUGCCAUCAAAAAGCAAGCCAGUACACAACAAAUAUCCAGCUAUAAGUUCCUCAUCUUCUUCAUCUUCGUCCUCUUCCUCACCCUCCUCUGUAAACUACUCAGAGUCCAAUUCUACAGAUUCCUCCAAAUCCCAGCAGCACAGUAGUACAAGUAACCAGGAAACCAGUGACAGUGAAAUGGAAAUGGAACCAGAGCACUACACCAACGGAGUCUUGGAAAACACCUCCACUAGAAUAAUGAAUGGCAACUAUAAGCACGAAGAAAUCCUGCAGACGGAUGAGUCCAGCAUGGAGCACAGCUGCCCUCAGCGUCAGCUCUGCGGAGGAAACCAAGCUGCAACGGAACGCAUGAUCCAGUUUGGACGGGAGUUGCAAGCCUUGAGUGAACAGCUUUGUCGUGAAUAUGGAAAGAAUGCUACUCACAAAAAAAUGUUGCAGGACGCAUUUAGCCUGCUAGCAUACUCUGAUCCUUGGAGCUGUCCAGUUGGCCAGCAGCUUGAUCCUAUCCAGAGGGAACCUAUCUGUGCUGCCCUUAAUAGUGCUAUUUUAGAAUCUCAGAAUCUGCCAAAGCAGCCACCAUUGAUGCUUGCACUGGGCCAAGCCUCUGAAUGCCUCCGGCUGAUGGCUCGUGCAGGGAUUGGAUCCUGUUCAUUUGCCAGAGUGGACGACUAUUUGCACUAGCUGCUGUGGCAGUGGAAAGACCUCAGAUACUGCCCCCCCACCUCCUGUUCAAGACCUUCAACAACCCCUCCCCUCUUAAAGACCAUCGCACUGCCCACCAGAUGGAUGCUGACCGAUCUCCUUUCUUGCCAGCAUCCUUGUUACAUUUUAUCAGGUUACACGACUGAAUGCAUUGCAUUUUGAAAGUGAUCAUGGGUGCAGUUGUGCACGGUACAAAUGUAGCGUAUUUCUCUCUGAUUUCUUAGUCACUGAGCCACCAGUAUUUAGCCCUGGAGGUUGUCCUGUGCUAGCCUCUGUUGUUUACUGGUUAUCAUUAGGGCUGUAACAAAACUCAUAUUUUGAAGCUUUAAUCAUUUAUGUUAUUUAACAGGGCUCAAAUAACGCCCUGGGUUUGUAGCAGCAUUACCUGAUGCCAUUUUAUUCUCCAGCAUUAAUCAUAGCGCUUCAACUCCAGUCCCCAUUUCCUUUGGCAAAAACUCAUAGACACACAAAGCUUUGGUGUAUAAUAUUUCCAAAGCUUUAAAUCCCCCUCUCUUUCACCCCAAUCCUUUGCCAAAAAGAAAACACAACUCUUGGUUUGUUACAGCCCCAGUAAUCAACCACGUUUGGUUUACAUCUUUUACAUGUUCUACCUGUGUAUAUUUGUGUGGAACAAUGCUGCUCAUUAUCACUUUGCUGUUUGGUUUUGCUUUUCUGCUGUUCAGCAUCUAGUUGCAUAGCCAUAACUUCCACUCAUUUCUUAUUGGAGGUUUUGCUUUAAAACCCACAUUAUGUCAUAUUAUACAGAAUGAGUUCUGUCCAGCCUCCUACUUUAAACUGAGUUCAAAUCACAUUCUCAAACUGACACUUCCAUCAGGCAUCCCCUUCCAAUAUCAGUGCCACCAAUUCUCUAGGUCAUUUGUCAGCAAGAAAUAGAACAGUAUCAGGUAUGGAAGGGAAAUAAUGAUAGGCAAGUAUAAUUGGGAUGCAAAGCUAAUUAACUUUCUAGGGCUGAGGAAACCAAGGCAAUGGCUAUUUCUGCAUUUGAAAGUAUACAUUUCUAGAGAUUUACUACACAAGCAUCCUUUGUAAAAGGACUUUCUUAAUACGUUUUCUUAUAAUACAAAUUAAGCCCUGAGAAAGUUAGUUGGCUAGUGACUUGUUCCUUUGUUGCCUGAAUACCACAGCACUGAUUUCAUGUUUCCAGCUAUCACUACAAUGUCAUUAAUUGGAACAAUCCACCCUGGUUGUUUGCAAGCUAUUAAAACUUCAAGAUCAACCAGUUAUUCAUGCCUGUCCAAUUAAUCCCACCUAAAAAUCACACAGAAGCAGCAAUCAUAAGAUUAACACAGCAACAUAGGAUUAACUCCCCAGAUGACAGAAUUCCAGAGAUGAGCCAAGAAAUUUACUGUGCUGUCAGUUCCUGUGGCUGUCUUGAAUGUCAUAAAUUUUGAAUCUAACUACUUAGAGGUCCAUUAGUUCUGUAAGUCAGUAAUUAUUUAGAAGAAGAAUGAUGCCAAUUGGACAAUAGGCAGUGACCAUGAAUCAAGCAAAUUCUUAAUAGUUAUUUUAAAUGAUAGCCAGUAAAAACAAUAGGUACUGCACUAUGUAACUUCAGAGUUGUAAACUGUUCACAUAGCAAGGUGGGCUUUUAAAAGUUCUUUUAAGAAAAAAAGACCAUUACCUCCUCUUGUAAGCUUCUUUUAUAUUGGUGCUAUUCUAAUUCAGAUUCAGUGAGCCAUUGAGUUAGCAUUUGAUGCUAAGUCCAGUUCCUUAGUCCCUGAAUUAAGUCAGAUAUUGUUUCCAGCAAAUUUCAAAAAGGAAAUGUGGGAGUCCCUAUGUCAUUGCACGAUCAGACAUGCACAUUAUCGUGAAACACUGCAUCAAUUAAUGUGAGAUUUUAAUGCCCAAGGAUCACAUGAUCCAACAUUAACUUACUUAACUUCCUGCUGUUUAUUUGCCUGAGUGUCUGUAGCAGAACUUGGUGAUCAGAGUGGAAUUAGGGAGCCAAAAGGACAAAAUAUGGUAUUUGCAGGAGACGAUGGUGUUCCUAAACAUAAUUUCAGUGAAGGGUGGAACCACUUUGGCAUUACUUGAAAUGUAAAAUAUGAAGGAAAAUGGAAAGCUUGUGCAAGACCACUAAUGUCUGUGGGCAAAGCUGAAAUGCCAUCUUAGGGAUCAGAUAAUGCAGUAUCCUCCACUUUCAGGAGGGUUUUUUUUUUGUCACAUCAUGGACGAGAAAAAGUACUUUCAUAUUAAUUCAAAUUUACCAAACCUCUACAAAGAAUGUAGUGGUGUAGUGUAGAGUGGAUAAUUGAUAAAGCACACUGCUAAGCUUUAGCACAGUUGUCACUUGUAACCAACGUUUUGCUCAAAUUGAACUUUCCUUUUUGGCCAGUGAUUUCUUAAAAAUGUUACCGAUCUACAUUAGCAUUUCAAUUCUGUUACUUUGUUUUUAAAAAUCCAUUCCAUGUUUACUUUCCAUUUAUUCUUCCCCCUUCCCAUCCUCUCCCAGCUGCUAUUGGGCACUGUUCUGUUCCACGGGGAGGCUAGACAUCCUCCCUAGGCCUUUGCCUAUUCCAUAUUGACCUGCCCUAGGGAGGUAUGCAGAACUGAUCUGAUAUGAUGUCUGACAUCAGUUCUGCUCAGCCAACCUCAGAAGCUUGUAACGUAUGGCAGUGCAGCAUGACUAUCCAUUGCACUGCUCUGUGGUGCAGCAAGUGGGGAAAAUCUGGUAUUUUUUGGAUGUUUACUGAGAAUUUUAGUUAUUGAAUUUUUGACCAUUUAUUUCAACAUUGCAUGGUUGAUAUUUUUUCAUGUACAUGUUAAUAUUUACGCACUUGUGCAAUCCGUAAUGUUCAAAUAAUAGACUUGAAAAUGGAAGAUCCCUGUUAACACUUUGAUGUUGCUAAGUUUCAGCUUGCUGAAAGAUACAAGAAACCAGACAAUUUUUGUCAUCCAAAUGCCAAGCUUAGGUAGGCAGUUAUGCACCCAGUCUUACACACAGAUUGAACACAAGCCUGAUUGUGGAACAAUCCUAGCAUCAGCCAAAGUAUAAUUCUGCACCUCUGGGAUUGGGAUAAUUUGACCACUGACUGUUCUUCUCCUCGACUGGUUUUCCCAUGAGGCCCCCUUGCUGCCUGCUUCAGGAGGAUCUAAGUAUGGGUGUCUUCAGCGUUACUUUGAGAUUGCCUGACUGAAGAUGUGACAGGUCCCAUCAGUUUGCUCUUCCAAGCAUGGCCAUGACUAACAGUUAGUGAAACUUGUCAAUGCUACUCCUCUAAAGUAAGGCACAUUUUUCCCAUUGAAGCUGAGAUUUGAACUUAUGGCAGUGAGAUUGGGCCUGGGGUGUAUGGAGGAAAAUCCGUUAAGGAUGUCAAAGUGUCAAAAGCUUCUGGAGUUGUUUUCAGCACCACAUGGAAAUGGGAAUUACCAGCCACUCCCUGACUGAGCCUGAUUGUUUCUGGUAAAUGUCACAUAUUAGUAUAGAUGUUUUUAAAGGGUUUAUGAAAAUCAGUAUCCAUACUCGAUUGCCUCCAAAUAUAUGAUAGAGCAUAAAACAUAGGGUGGAGUAUGAUACAGAAAUUAAUGAGGGAAGUGGGGCAAUAAUUCACUGGGCUGCAGGAGCUGCAAAAUCUUUACAAUUUUAUAGUCUAAUAUAAAGGAUACAGCAUUUCUAUUAGAUUUAAUUUUUGAAUAGAUUUGAAAACUAUUAUAAACCAUGUAUCAUCCCUGUCAGCACUGUUGGAUACCCCAAGCAGUUUUCAAUAAUAGUAAUCUCUGACACGCUGUGCGGUGCUUCACAACAAGUGUGCAUGCAGUGUGGGCAACACCAGGUGGUUUGAGGUGUGAUUUACAUCUGUCAUUUUUAUUUUCAGCAGAAUUAUCUGACUACAUCAAUAUUAAUUUUAACCAAUCUUUUUGAUAGGGUUCAUGGGGCUUUGGAGCUUUUGGAAGGUCCAACUUUUAAGACGCAAGACGAUAUUGGUUUAGGCACCCUGAUUAGACUUGCCUUAAAUUAAAUGCCUUAUUCUUAGAUUUUUCAUGGAGUUAUUUAAGGGAGAAGUGUAUGGAAUUGAUCCACAAUCUAAACUUUUUUUGAACAUUUUUUAAAUUACACUGAUAACUGUUCCCUGGUCAUAGUUAGGUCUAUAUCAUUACUCUAGCUUUGUUUUUAGAGAAACUUGAUUAAGAGCAGCGUACAGCAGAUGUUCUUUGUAGGUUUUCCUCUUCUUGUGAUGCAAUAUAUUCAGUGAUGUCACAGUGAAGUAUUUUGUGUGCAAACCACUUUUCCCCACAGGACAGGAAUUUCACAUCAAAUAUUUGCUUCCGCCAACCACUAUGGCAUAAAACUAAGUGUAGACUGAAUGACACCGAUACAUUCACAGCUGUUUCCAUUUUAAGGGAUUUGGCAACUUCCAGUUGCUGGAUUGUUUAUUACUUUCUGAAAGUUAAUAAUCCAGACAAACGAACAGGUAAUAAUGUAUAUUUCCCUUAAUUAAAAAAAAAUUGGUUGUGGCAUGUUCCAUUUAAGGUCACCCUUAAUCUGUUAACAAAUCCAACUUUAUUUAAAGCUGCAUUAACUUUAAUGUGAAUUUUAUCAGGGCACAACUUGAGUAUGUUCUAUUUCAGAUUCAGUUUUGUUUGCGGGGGCAGUUACGGAGAUUAAUUCAGACAUUUCUCAUGUAAAACCGUAUCUGUCAAUUAAAAGCUUAUGCUGGAAAAGAUCAACAAUUUAGUUGUUUAAGAGAGGGUACAUACACAUUUGUACAACGUUGUCUGAUAAUUGCUGGAUAGCCCCAGCUGGGACUACAGUGAUGCUACUUUAGCCACAUGCACUAAAUUAAGUAGAAAAUGCUUUGCACACAAUACAAGUAAAUGUGAGUGGUGCAUAUUUACUUAUUCCAUUACCAUUCAGUGACCAAGGAAAUAAAUAAAGCACUCUCAAUAAGCAAAAAAUACUUGCGAAUUCUGCUUUUUGUCUUGCCAUUUUACCAUCAAAUGCACAAUGGUUUAAAAUACACAUGCAUAUGCCAUGUGAAUGAAUAUUGGGAUCGCAUUUACUGAUCAGAAAUGGAAUGGAAUUAGCAAAAUCUGGAUUCUCAAUUGGCCAGUUGUGGCAAGUGGCUAAUGUGUUGGACAGUACUGACUUGGGAAAUGAAACAUAUGUUUUUUUUGCAGCGAUCAAUCCCCUACUUAGUUCAUCAGGCACUCUCAGAAUUUUUGUGACUGCAUUCCCAUCAAGACACAUUGAAUCAGAAACAAGAGAAAGCUGGGUCAGUUUCUCUUGCUGCACGCUGGACAGCUCACUGUCUGCUACUAGCUGAUCUAGAAAUUGACAUGACAUCAGAUUGCCCAUUGGUGGAGAUCCACCUGGACAUUGCAGGUCUUGAAAUUUCACACUGACUGACAAUUAGAGAAUACUCUUUACAUUUUUUAAAAAAUAAACUGGGCUGUCGGCUAAAUGUUUUUUAUGCCUGGUGAAUGGUUACCUUAUAUAUAUAUAUAUAUAUAUAUAUAUAUAUAAAUGCACUUGCCAAACCAGAACCUAAUUGCCAAACUCUACAUAACCUCCUCUUCUCCUCCUCUCUCUCUCUCUGUCUCCCCCCCCCCCCCCC